UUCUGUUCGGUGGCGUGCUCUUACUGUUUUCAAAUCCGAGAGGUGGAGGAAGAGAGGGGAGGGACAAGGGAAGCUCUAGCACGGGGUCCACGACAUCCAAGGUUGCGGCGACGAGGGUCAUCGGCGACGAGAUGCCAGGCGGCGACGACGAGGGUCCAACGACUUUUCGCCCAGAACAACAGGGCCUUACGAGAGUGCAAUCAGACGUUCGGCAAAAUGUUGUAGAGAAUAAGGGACACAUUUUUCCAACAGAGGAACAAAUAGUUGCCACAGGAAAAAUCAGCACAAAUGCAAGUCAGGGUUUCAAGAAUGAUGAAGAUAAUCAGGGUGCUGAAAGCGAGCAGUACCGUGAGACUGAUGACUUAACUAAAACUGACGUGUCAAACGACCUACUAUGUGUUGGAGUAAAAAGAUUGAUUGUCAAGAGCUUUAAAAGGAAGCAAAGACGGAGUACUGUACGAAAGAGGAAUCUGAAGAGGCCAAGGCUUACUGAAGCGACUACACACGAUAAUUUUGGCGAUGACAUAUGCAAAGCUUAUAGCAGGUGCAGUGUCCCAUAUUUCUCCGAGGUUGCAAAUAGUAUUUGCAAGAGCAAGAAUAGGGUGGAUCUAAUCAGGUCUACUGGGUUCGGGUACCUGUUGGAGUUAGAUGAUUGCCUUGUGCCAAGGCCGUUUGUGUAGUGGAUAGCAGACAAUGUCAUUGUUGAGGAUGAAGACAUUAUCAUAAACAAGAAGCGGAUACCACUGAAUGCCCAAGUUGUACUUCAUGUUUUUGGUAUUCCAUCAGGGGAGAUCAACAUCAGCAUGGUAGAUGAUGGGGGGGAAAGCAGAGUUCCUUGCAUUUUUUGGUCUAUCAGAAGUGCCAACAAUAAGAUUUUUUGGUAGCAAGAUUAUACAAGGAGAAGAGAUAUCUGACGAGCAGUUUAUUCGUUGUUUCAUGAUAGUUGUGUUGUCAAUAGUGUUGUGUGCUACCUCCAACACAAAGCCAAGCACCAAGUACAUGGGAUCGUUAAUAGAUGUGAAGAAAAUCAGAUACCUCAAUUGGUGCAAGUUCACUCACAUGUGGUUGUUGCAAUCUAUUAGGAAAUACCAAAAAGAGAAGACAAAGCACAAUCGUUUGUCACUUACACUAGGCGGCUGCAUAUACCAACUAGUGGUCCGUUUCCUUGACUUCACCGAUUUUGGAGCAAUACAAGUACCAUCAGUCAUGCAAAGGAUAUGUGUAUGGAAAGGCAGCAUGGUCAAAAAUUUCACUGAUAUGUUCAUAGACGAAAAUGGCAUGUACACACCAAAUAAAAUAAAAGAUGAAUCUGAAACAUGCUAUGCUCAAGAAUCAUUCAGUUGGGCGAGCACAACAAAAAACUCAAACUUAAGGGCUGCCAUUGACAGAACAGUUGGCAAUUUCAUUACCGAGAAGGUCAAAGAAGACAUUUUUGCGUCAUUCCAGUUCUAUAUGAGGGAUGAAAACGUCAGCACUCGUAUGAAAGCAAAGAAUUUGCUUUUGAAGACACUUCAAUUAGUUACAGCAGCAACUGAUGAUUCACAAAAAACUGAAAAACUGGAGUCAUCUGACAACAACCACAAUUCAGCGGACGAGUUUCACUGGUCAGGAUCUACCAUGAAAGUAAACUCAGAUGGGGUGUGUGUUGAAGAUGAGGCUGUAAAUCGUAAGAGUAAGAGGGUGAAACAAGUCAGUGAACAAUCAGUUGCAUCAAUUGAAUGUGACCAAAAAAAACAUGACCAAGACGAAUUCCAAGGCAACAAAGGAGAAUGUUUUGAUGUUAUUGGGAGUUCAAAGUCAGAAGAUAAAUAUAAUCAAGGUAAUAUUGGUAAUGAAGAAAGUCAAGGUAACAAGAAAGGAGGGCAAAAUGAGACACAAGAAGUAACACUAGAAGGCAAAAUCAAGCAAACAAGAGCAGCAACCACUUCUAGUUUUAUGUACUUGUUGGAAGCAGAAAACACAGUAGUGUUUCCUCAUAUUCAUGCUGAAGAUUGUGGAAAACAAAAUGCAGCAAGUUUUGACGGUUUCACGAGCUAAAAAACAUGUACAAAACAAGGAAAACAAGGGAUCAUGCAGCAAAAUAGAUUUCGACAUGAAUGUCACAUUGAUUGCAGACAAAGAUGUUGUAGAUGAUCUUGAGAUGAAUGAAGAAGAAUCCUGGGCUAAUUACCUUGAUAAAGCAAGGGAAAAGUACUUUUUUCAUGAUGACGACACACCAACUCUAUGAUUAUUUGAAAACUGGGAUGACCGUGGGAAUGAAAUAACUGAGCGUGAGCUAUGGCGUCCAUUGCAUAUGAAUGAUGAGGACUGUAAUAGGAAGAUCGAGAAUGCGAAGAAAAGCAUUGGUCAGCACAACAAGGAACAAGGACAAACAAGCAACUAUGAGGAAACAAAAGAAAUCAAGAGCAGUGAGGUGUCUGUACAUUGUACACAACAGUCAAAUAGUGUUGCACGGAGAUGCUUUUCUCCACGUCCACUAACUGUAAUAACACCCGAUGGAGGAAUAAUUGUUUGACAACACCAAACGCAAAUAUUCAUCAUGGGUGGGUUGAGGCGCAUACAUGUUAUUCUCCUAGGAAUAGGAACACUAGUUUCAAGAAAACGACUACCACACCUCCAAGCAGUAAAAGUUUUUUCUCAAAGUCUGCAUUGAAAGGAAGGAUUUUGUUCCCCGAAGGAGCUAACUUGGAAUGCAACUUAGAUGGGACAGAGAAUAACCCAAUAACAUUCUUGGAUGAUAACACUGCCUCGCCAGAUGUCCAAAUCCUCAGCCACAGAUCUUGCAAACAAUCUUGCAACAAUGGAGUGAACAGUUCAGAUGAUCACUACAACACGAAACUCAUGUUAGGUAGUACAACCAACUUUAGUGGCAAAGAAAAUAGAGCACCUAAAAGGAUAGUACAACCAAGCAAAUAUUUGUGCUCACCUUAUGACCAGCAAGACAAGGGGCCCAUCAUGGAACAUGAAGUUAAACUGUACAAGAACAUCUUGGUCUUAAGCGAGAAUGAUUACUACACAAGCGAACUGGCAAUCGAGAUUGAUAGGUGCAUAGUGUCAAUGGAACAACUUGGUAAUUCAUUCAAACCAGGAGGAUGAGUAGAGGCAUACGUCAUCAAUGCAUACUGUCGAAAAUUGUUCAGAGAUAACCAUCCUAGGACAUCACACAGGCAUUACUUUUUCCGUACAGCAGCAUGGAGGACUGAAGAGGGGAGAUUAUCUUUCAAAGACAAAGCUAUAAAAAGCUUCAUCGGAGCAGGGAAAGCAAGACCACUUGAGCUGAGCAAUGAACUAUUUUUUCCUAGUUUUCACGAAAGACAUUGGUUCGUCUUCCUUGUUGACUUGAAAGCAUGGAUGUUCAUCUUCCUAGACUCAAAGUAUGAAGAAAACAACAUGUUCCACAAGAACAUAAAAGACAUGAUGAUUGACAACUUUAUCCAAACAUGGUGCGAUUCUCAUUUAAGAAACAUGGGGUUUAGUCAAUUUCAAACAACAUAUCCAGCAUUACCAAAGCAAGAUGAUAGCGAUUCCUGUGGAAUUUUCACACUAAUGAAGAUGCAAACUUAUCGAGCAAGGAACCCUAUGCAGACAGUAUUCCAGGCGAAAUAUGUUCCAGAUGCGCGCAUCAGACUUGCUGUUGAUCUACUAUUCAGCACUCACAACACAAUGGAUAAAGCGAAAAGACUUGUCAAGGACUUAUGAUCGAAAAUUGUAAGGCAUAUCCAAAAGUAAAGUCAACAACAACAUGUUCAAGAUAAACGAAGGAAAGCUGCACAUAAAGUUUUUAGCAGGAUGUUUUGUCUAGUGUACAUGGAAGAGUAUUAAAUAUUCUAUCUUUGUUGAAGUUGAAUGGAAAAUGUAUAGGAGUCGUGUGUACUAUGAUACAUUGAAUCAUUUUCUCGAGACACAAAAUGGUGGCAGAAAACCAAACUAUUUCAAUUUCAGUUUUGUUUGUUUUU